CGGCGAUCAUUUUCUCCUUUUCUUCUCAAAUUCCCAAUGUUCGCACUGAUGUGUUCGUUCGCUGGUACACUCAGCUGGGUGAGGAUAACACCGACUUCUCGUACAGGUCGGACUUUCUAAAUCGUUGGUCGUUCCCCGAGGGAACUUUGGGAAUGCUUACUAGUCACCGUCGUCUACUACUUUCUACUGCACUCGGCCCGUCCUGAUCGCUUUAAAUACCUGACAUGAAUGUAUCCGGAAGCCCCCAUCACACCCAUCGUCUUACUGUUCUGCUAUGUCCAAGACAAUUGCCUCGUUUACCGCUCAGCUGGUCACAUUCACCACUCCUUUGCCCGUUUCAGAGGUUUUGCACCGUCUUGACAAAGAAGUUAACAGGGAACAAUCUACUGGAUUGAUCCCUUUUCUCAAGUCUGGCGUCCCUAAAGAAACAUUUGAAGAAGGCUUGAAGAAAAUGGCCAAUGGUAACGAUUUCUUGUUCUUCUUCCAAACCAAUCACUCUGUUUGGAUGAAAACCUACAAUGAAAAUGUCCCGACGGCGAUAGUUUACACCAUUGGAAAUCCGGUCAUCGCCGAAACAAUGCUGAGGCAUGACCUUCGAGCCUCCCUUAACAUCCCCCCUCGUCUUCUAAUCCUGGAAAAGGCGGACCGUAGUGGGACGGAUAUCGUAUAUCAUCUACCGUCCUCUGUGAUGGCGUUGGGGGAUAACACAGAACUCAAAGCCGCUGCUCAGAUCCUCGACGACAAAGUUGAACAGCUGCUCACGAAGGUUACAAUGCUGUAGUAGAGGAGCACAACACUAACCUUAUGUUAAGGCCAUACAAUUGAAGAUACAGAUUAUAACAGUUAUGAUCGUUGCUUGAGUUCUGAUCAUUACGAAGAGUAUUACUAUCGAUGAACGAUCGACGUCCCGGUAUCCCUUGAGAUACACUUUUUCUGUUCGUAGGUAUAUUGUAUGAGGUAGCAGAAAUGCCAAUACUACACUAUAUAC